AUGCUGGUUACCUAUUUGGAAGCCAGCCGGGACCUUUGCGAUACGGACUCAAUUCUUUUUGGCGCCGCACUGGCAGUCUGCCGUAUUAUAGGUGCCAAACUUUCCACGGCUGGACGCGCUACUGGACAAAGUAGUGCUAUCCCAGCCUGGAGAAUAAGAAUUGAAGAACGUAUCGCAAAGGCUAGGGCCCUCAUCGGCAGACUGAUAUGCUUCAGGUCAGGCAAUACCAGGCCAAGGAUUGUGCGCACCGUCAGGAUGGCGUUUGCUGGGACAAAUGUUAGUUUGUCCCAGCCGGAUAUAAUGCAAAAACUGACGGAGCGCAUAGACGACCUGAAGCUAAGAAUAGCUGCUUGGGGAAAGCGGAUUCGGCGAUAUACCGAGAGGUCGACACGGUUCAACCAGAAUCGUCUCUUCCAGAGUGAUCAGAAGAGGCUCUAUAAAUCAUUGGAGCGAUCAAUAGUAAGUGGAACGGGCCCUGCACCAAAUCAGGCUGACAUGGUCGCAUUCUGGCGCAGCCUGUGGUCAGAGCCCGUAAACCACAACGAGGGUCCUUGGACGGAAGUUGUGGCGAGUCAGUGUGCGUAG